UUGUGGCCACAGGAGCCUCACGGCUCUUACCCCUGGACCCCCAGACUGCCUAGGGUCCUUCCUCCAAAGCCCAGUCAUCUGAGGCCUGAGCCCCCGGAAAGAGGGAGGUACCCCCAGCCCCGCCUCUUCCCCCUGCCUGCUCUGCUUCCUCUCUCUGUGAGAACACUUUCACUUCCUGCUCCUCCAGGCCUCCCCUCCGAGAACAGAGGCCAGACCAUGGCUCACUGGCCACCUGCAUCCUGAGGAUGGGCCAGCCGAAGGACAAGGCCUCGGCAGGCCCCACCGACCGGGAGAGACUAAUCCCAUCACAGGCGAAUGGAGCAGGUGAGACCCACUUAGGGGUCUUUGGGACCCCAGAGCCAUGCCUUCGACUGCAGAGAACAUGUGGGGUGUGGCAGAUUCCAGAGCUGGAUGCCCAGGGUGCGAAAGCCCUUCUGGAGCUGUGGCCACCAGGGAGUUUCCUGGUCAUAGGACAUGACCACAGCCAGAUCCUGGUGUUGAGGACAGGACCUUCGCCAGGGGAUGUCAACACCUACCGGAUCCAGAAGCUCCCUGGAGGUGUGUCUCUGGAAUCCUCUAAGCUCUGCAUGCCUGACCUGCCCCAUCUCCUGGCCUUCCUAUCAGCUAGCAGGGAUGUUUUACCCAGAACACUGCUCUUGCCCCCUCCCACUCUAGGGCCUGGAGACCAACACACAGAUUCUCUGCAGAUUGGCAGCAUUCAACUCAACACCUCAGGGAGGGUGCUCUUCGUGGUGAACAAGCUCUACCUGGAUACCCACAGAGGGUGGGGGACGAAACAGACCCCCCCAGAGACAACUCCGGAGAUUGCCGAGACACAUGGUCCAGCCCCCAGGCACCCAGCCCCUCACCAGGUCUCCUGGGUGGAAGGCCCACUCAGCCCAGAAGUACAACAUCCUAGGCCACCUCUGGCCAGCCUGAUGGAGAAGGAGGAGGAGGAGGAGGAGGAGGACAAAGAUGAAGAGGAAGGACCUGAGGAUGUGCUCACUCAUCACAUCCGGGCUCUAGCCAGGGCCCGGAGCGGCUAUGUGGCCAGGCAGUUCCGGGGCCUUCGGGCGCGCCUCACCUCCGACACUGCGGGGGCCCACAGGCCUGGGGACCCGGCCACAGAGCUGCUUCAGGAUGUGCGGCAUCUCCUCACUGACCUCCAGGAACACUUAGCAAAGGACCCUGAUGUCAGGGCUGUUUUUGAGAGCAGGGGACCUGGGGUCCCCCAGAAGGACGAGGAUCUAGGUCCCGCGGUGGAGGCAGCCUUGUGCCGGGCGGUGCUGGCGCCGCUGAAGCCAGCCCUGUGGACUCGACUCCGCACGCUUCGCGCCCCAGAGCUGCUGCAACUGCGAAGGCGACAGCUGGCUCUGCGCGCGGAGGCGGGGCGUUCUGGAGCUCAGGGGGCGGGGCGUGAGGGGCGGGGCCCCGCCCCCGCCCUGCGGAGCCGCAUCCACGCGCGCUUGACUCACCUCCACGCUGCUUGCGCCCCACGCCGCAAGGUGUCCCUCCUCCUGGCUGUGUGCAGUGACGUCUACUUGGGCCUGGCUCAGGGCAACAAUCAAGAGCCGCUGGGGGCUGACGCCUUCCUGCCAGCGCUGACGGAGGAACUGAUCUGGAGUCCGGACAUUGGGGAGACGCAGCUGGACGUGGAGUUUCUCAUGGAGCUCUUGGAUCCGGAUGAGUUACGCGGAGAAGCCGGGUACUACCUGACCACGUGGUUUGGGGCGCUGUACCACAUUGCCCACUACCAGCCCGACGAGGGCCGCGCGCCCCAGCAGCUCAGCUCAGAGGCCAGGGCCUCCCUGCGCCAGUGGCACCGAAGGCGGACGCUGCACAGACAGAGCAGCUCUGGAGCCCAGACCAAGCAGCCCUUUGAGGAACCGUGGGAGAUAGAGAGUGUGCGGGAGACCAAUGACGAUUAGGGAUCUCAAAACUUUCUGCUCGCAAACAAGAUUCAGAGGCACCUGAGACAGCACCAACUUUUGACCCCUGUGGUUUAGAGGGCACCAGAAGGAGGGAUGCCCAGGAAAAGGGAAUAGGUCGACCCCUGAGCCUUUGCCUUGGCAGUUCCUGCUUCUUGGAAUGCCCUUCCCGAAUAUCCACACUGCUGCUUCCUUCAGGACUUUAGGCAGAUGUCACCUUCUCCAGAGAGCCUCUCUCCUGACACCCCUUGUCUAAAACUGCAGCUUCUCUGGCUUGACCCUCCCUAUGGUAGACAGAGUAAGGCCCACCCAAGACGUCCACCUCCUAAUCCCCAGAAUCUCUGAAUAUGUUACCUUAAGUGGCAAAAGAGACUUUACGGGUGUGAUUAAAUUAAAUGAAGGAUAUUGGGGGGGUGUUAAAGAUUAUGAGAUGGAGAGAUUAUCCUGGAUUCAGGUGGGUCCAAUGUAAUUCCCAGGGUCCCUAGAAGAGGGAAGCAGGAGAGUCAGAGGAAGAGCUAUGAUGCUGCCAGCAGGAGUUCCCGUUGUGGCUUAUCGACAAUGAACUCGACUAACAUCCAUAAGGGUGCAGGUUCAAUCCCUGGCCCUGCUCAGUGGGUUAAGGAUCCCGCUUUGCCUGCGAUAAAGGUUGUGGAGGUGGCUCAGAUCUGGUGUUGCU